GUCAGGGAAGGCGUUUUGCUGAUCCCAAAGCGCUGUAGUCUCGAGAAUUAUCAUCUCCUCGCGCGGUGCGCCAUCAGUGUUGGGGACGCAGGGAGCGGAUACCGGGGGUUAGGAGUCUGGGGUCACAUCCUGGGCACGACGGGGUCAAAGGUCACGCCGGGUGUGUUGAGGUCAAGGGUCGCGCCCCGCCUUGGCGGCAGACAGUCCGUGUCUACGCGGUCACCGCCCUGACCCCUGACCCCGGCCCGGCUCCCCACGUCCAGGCUCUCACUCCAUGAAGUAUUUCGAAGCCAUCAUGGCCUCGCCCGGGCUCCCGGAGCCGCGGUAUAUCGAGGUGGGCUACGUGGACGAUCAGCAGUUCGUGCGCUUCGACAGCGCCCGUGCGAGUCCGAGGAUGGAGCCGCGGGCGGCGUGGAUGGAGCGGAUGGACCGGGAGGACCCGGACUACUGGGAGGGGGAGACGCGGCGCAGCAAGGCGAACGCGCAGGUUUACCGAGCGCAUCUGAAGAUCCUCCGCGGCUACUUCAACCAGAGCGAGGGGGUCCACACCAUCCAGAGCAUGUACGGCUGCGAGGUCUCCCUCGAGCUCACCUUCCAGCGCGGGUUUCUACAAUACGCCUACGACGGGCGCGACUACAUCGCCCUGGACACGGAGACCUCCACGUGGACGGCGGCGGUGCCCCCCGCUGUGAACACCAAGCACAAGUGGGAGGCGGACAGUGGCUACACGGAGGGGCAGAAAGCCUACCUGGAGGAGACGUGCGUGCUGUGGGUGAAGAAGUACCUGGAGAUGGGGAAGGAGACUCUGCAGAGGGCAGACCCGCCUUCAGCCCGAGUGACCCGCCACACUGCCCCCCACGGGGAGGUGAGCCUGCGGUGCCGGGCCCAGGACUUCUACCCCGCGGACAUCUCCCUGACUUGGCUGAGGGAUGGGGAGGAACAGCUCCAGGACGUGGAGUUCAUUGAGACCAGGCCCGCAGGAGACGGGACCUUCCAGAAGUGGGCAGGUGUGGAUGUGACCUCGGGCCAGGAAGGGAAAUAUACCUGCCGAGUUCAGCACGAGGGACUGCCUGAGCCCCUCAUCCUGAAGUGGGAGCCAGAGUCCUCAUCCCCCUGGUUCAUUGUGGGGGUCAUUGCUGUCCUCCUCCUCAUUGCAGUCAUUGCUGGAGCUGUGAUCUGGCAGAGGAAGAAUUCAGGUAGAAAAGGAGGGGACUAUGUUCCUGCUUCAGGUAAGUGAAGAGUGAACAUAGAGGGUAGAAAGAAUGGCCCAGACCAUGAUAUCUCU